AUGUUCGCAACACAAACCAUCCCCUCAUCACCCACCACUCCCUUCCGCCAAACAGGCCACUACACACCAGCCCGUCCAUCCCCGCUCGGCCCACGAAGCACAAAUAUCGCCACACCCUCAUGGACAAUGGGCUCUCCCACACGCGCUGGCAACCUGCAAAAGCCAACCGGCCAUGACGAAAACGCGCAAAUCUCGCCCAUCUCCUUUCCAACAUUUGCUGUGCACACGGAGCAGCCACAGCGAUACCAUAACCCUAAUCCCGUCUCCGUGUCAAACGAACACUCCAAUUCCCCCAGCUUCGUCAACAUCGCCUCCUCUCCCGCUCCAUUCACCUUCCACUCAACUUCCCAGCAGCAGCAGCAGCAGCAGCAGCAACAACCCAACAUCUUCUCACCAACAUCACCCUCCCCGGCCUCCCCAACCCCAUCAACACGCCCCCGCUUCGCAGAGCGGUACGCGACGCAAAUCGCAAACCCCAUGCGCACCACGACUUCCCUCGCGCGCUCCAAGACCCGCAAGAUGUUCCUGAACCGGGUUAAGAGCGAGCGUGAUGCGGGACGGUUCGAGGCGCGCGGGGAACAGAUGAUGAUGGCGGAGUAUUUGGCGGAUAAGAGGCGGUGGGAGGAGAGUAUGGCGCGGGAUGUGGAUGGGGUCCUGCGUGGGGUUGAAGGGGAUAUUGAGGAUGAUGGGAUGCUUCCUGAUGAAGCUGAGUUGAGGGCGUUGGAUGAGUUUGUUUCGCAGGAGGAGGCGAUGGAGAGGGCGUGGCAGGAGUCGUUGGGUAAUAGGCAUGGACUUGUGGAACAGGAUGUUCCGUUUAGUGAUGCUGAGUAUGAUGAUCUUUUUAUGCAUUUGGAGGAACCUGCGCAGGAUAUGGAUAUGUCUUAG